AUGGCGACCACGACGGCUACGGCGAUCCAGAGUGCUCGCCCACCGAUUCUCCCCAAGAACUUCUCCGCACACCAGCCCGAGACGAUUCGCCUCUACCCCCUGUCCAACUACACAUUCGGCACCAAGGAGACACAACCUGAGGAGGACCCAUCAGUGCCGGCGCGACUCAAGCGCCUGGAGGAGCACUAUGAGCUACACGGCAUGCGCCGGACGUGUGAGGGCGUCCUGGUCUGUCACGAACACAAUCACCCUCACGUGUUGAUGCUGCAGAUCGCCAAUGCGUUCUUUAAGCUGCCGGGCGACUAUCUACACCACGAAGACGAAGAGAUCGACGGGUUCAAGAAGCGGCUGAACGAGAGGCUGGCACCCGUCGGCUCGCAGUUCUCUGGCGAGGGCGUCAACGAAGACUGGGAGAUUGGUGACGCGCUGGCGCAAUGGUGGCGCCCGAAUUUCGAGACCUUCAUGUACCCGUUUCUGCCGGGCCAUGUCACGCGCCCCAAGGAGUGCAAGAAGCUGUAUUUCAUCCAGUUGCCCAAGAAGAAGGUCCUCUCUGUCCCCAAGAACAUGAAGCUGCUUGCCGUGCCUCUGUUCGAGCUAUACGACAACACCGGUCGCUACGGUCCCCAGCUGUCGGCCAUCCCGCAUCUUCUCUCGCGAUACAACUUCGAGUUUGUGGACGAGAACGACAAUGUCGUCGCCGCAACCCCCGGGACUCCUCUGGCGGAGCACCAGAUCCCGCGCACCAAGGUUGUGGCAGGCGACGAUGGGCAGGAUACGGGGAUGACGGAUCUCGGAGAGGAAAAGGGCACCGAUGGGCAGUAG